AGAAAAUUGCAAUUGCACCGAACGGACGACGAGCGAAACAAAUAACGAAAAAUCCCAAACAUUUCACUUGUUAAAUAAAUUUAUUUACAUCACUGUGCCACAGUGGAUAUAGGCCAGAAUCACUUGAGGAUAAUCAAGUCAAAUUGUCGAUAGGAAGAAAACGCGCUCCACUCGUCAACGGCGCGCGCGUUUUAGAGGAAAAAAACGCGUUGCGUUCUUUUCCAUUUGCUGUAUGUGAGGAAACUUCUUCGACACAACACACACAGAUACGUAUACACACAUAUAUAAUACACACACACACACACACUCUCGCUCGCUCGCAGCAGCAGCAGCAACGAAAACGGCCGUCGACGGUCGGUCGGUCGAGACGACGAGGCGAGUGAAAGUGUCUCCACCACGGAAGUGCAUCUGUGAUUUGUAUAAUAAUGCGUCGCGCAUACUCAAAUUUUUGUUACGCCAAUGAUUAGCGCAAAAAGCGGUGGCCUGCGUUUUUGCUUGCCCAAUUGACGUAUCAGUGGCUUAACGUUAAAGAGUGCAACAAAUAUAACAAAUAAUAAUAACAACAACAACAGCAGCGUUAGCGUGCAUAAGCAAAGUAAAGUAAAUAAAUAAAGGAAAAUAAAUAAAAUGGCUGAACAAGUGGAAAAGGCGUUUGCGUACAUCAAGGCGAUGCCGAUUAAAGCCACCUUACAAUUGACGGACGCUGACGAGGCGGAGUCAACAUCAGCCUGUAUGAAUUGUUGCAGCAACGAUGACGAUGACGACGAUGCCAGUCCCAGUUGCAGUGGCAGUGGCAGCUCCAAGGCAACCAAGACAAGCAAAGGUGCCAAAUCGACGGGCAUCGAUGCGAGUGUUGUUGCCGCCGCCGAGGCCGUUGUCAAUGGGGAACUGGACGCUGCCUCCUGCUAUCAUGUGAGCAUGAAGAUGUCCAUUGAUGCAGCAACGCCUCGCAUUUGUGGCGACACAAUGCCGCUGAAAUGUGAUGCAUUGGCGGCAAUGCGAGAGGCGCUCAGCGCCAAUAAGCCACUGUUGCCCGUCAACGUCAGUUCGAAACCCAAACCCAGCCCUCCACCACCACCACCGUGUCAGUUGCUCGAGCGUCUCAAUUUUCCCGAGGGCAACAUAAUAAAUACGCUGCACACGAUAUUGGCACUGCCGCCAUUCGAUCCGUAUGCGCCGGCUCCAAAAUCGGAUGUCACAUACAAGGAGGUCGUUUCGCUGAUGCAGUGGAGCCUGCGCGAGGACAAUGUCAUCGAGAUGGAGCUGAGCGACAAGCUGCUUCACGAGUGCAAGUCCAAAUGCAAGGAUCCCAACGAUGAGACACGCUCGUAUUUGAUGGCCAUUGAGAAUAUGAGAUUAUUUUCGGAGGAUCCAAGAAAUCCGCUGCGCGAUGCCGAUGGACAAUUGCGUGCAAUUACGCUUUAUUUUCAGAAUCUUGCCUUGAUAUUUGUUAAACAUCGUAAGGAGGAGUUCUUCACAUUUUGUUCCUGCAAGGAAUGUCUCGAAUAUCGUGAAACCAUCAUGGCCAUUAUGAUGGAUCAAUUCAAGGCUGCCCACAUGGUUGUCAUGCUGCUCGAUGUGCUAAUCAAGGCAUACAGCCCGAUGCUAAAAAACGAUGCUGCCUAUAACAAAUUUGAGAAGUUGCUCGAGUCCAAUAAACAAAUAUAUUGGAUUACAAGCGGGUUUCUCUACGAUAAAAAUGCCGAAUAUCUUGAUUUUAUUGAUGAUACUGCGAUCUCUGAUAAUAUGAUAUUAGUGCUAUUUAGCGCCAUACUGAUGGCUAAUAAUCCGAUGCUGCUGCUACAAAUACUCGCCUAUAAUGUUGAGUGCAUUGUGAAGGCAUUUUCUGAGGGCAUGGUCGAAAUUGCUCAAAAUGUGCAGGAGAACGAGAAGAUUUCAGCCGAAAAGAUGCUCACAUAUUUACUGGACGGCUACUCCGAUUUGAACUGCAUCUCACAGAAGAUCUCUUUGAGCCUGUUCGCUUUUGAGAAUGAUUUUCUGCGCAAGUUCAAGCUCUCCUGGGUGCUAUUGUGCCAGCGACUUUUUCAGCAACAUGUGUUCAAUCCGCUGGGCGAUACGAUGCUCGCAUGCAUAUUAUCGCUGAAGGAGGGCGAGGGCUCAACGCAGACAACGGCGCUGAUCAAGCGCUAUAUGCUGUUCGAUGAGCAUAUGCACUCCAUUGAGCGCCGCUGGACGGACAUUUGGAUGGAGCUAAACAAGUUCAACUUGUCGCCCACGGAGCACGAUCGUCGAAUGGGCCUACUCGAUGUGUAUAACAUAUUCGAUAAGGUCGUAAUGGAUGCCACCUCUUUCUCUCUGCCGGAUAUCAGUGACGAUGAGUUCAUCGAUUUUCAGCGCAUUGUCGAUCGUCAGCUGGCCUGGAAGAAUAUCAUGGCAUUUACCAAACUCAAAUGGCCAGAUGGCUUCUAUGAUCCGCCCAAUAAGCUGGUGCACGAGGAUCUCUGCAAAAAGUGCAAUGCAAUGCUGGAACACCAUAACGAAAACUGCAAUUGCAUCACUUGCUCCAUUGCGGGUACGCCUCUGUUGCCGCGACAAGCCGGCCAUUGUGCCAAAUGCACAACGCUCGGUAUUGUUGAGAAAGACGCCAAGCUAAUGAAAUCAAAAAUACUGAGCACCUGCACCAGCGAUGACGCCAGACACAAUGCGGCGGCAAGUACAAGUGCCGCAGCCGCCGCUGCCGCAGCUGCACAGCAGCAGCAGCAACAACAGCGUCGCAGCAUCGAGCAGCCAGAGGCGGCUGCUAUUACUGCCAAAGGAGAGGAGUCGUCGAGUGGAGUGACGCUGCGGCGUCAGGAGAUGGAUACUGCCUUGCGCACCACAUAUCACAUUGCAUGGGCCGUCUUUCAGCAUCUGACGACAAGGAAACGCUAUCGCUAUGACAGCGUUGAGCCGCAGUUCUUUUGCGGCGAAAGUUGCCGCGUCUCCGCUUGCCAGCUGGCGCGCAAGAUACUUGCCAAUGAACUGUCGCCGCCGUUGACAAAGCAUCUGUUGCGCUGCUUUCAGCCGCUGUCUUUUACGCGCGAGGAACUGCGCUCCACGCUGCCAUCGCUGAUGUUCUUCAAUCGCAAGCUGGCGCCUAGUCCCGCCGAGCUGCAGGAGCUGAAGAACCAGCACUAUGUCUACAAGACUUACUGGACCUUUGUGCUCUCCAUCUAUGCCAAUUUCUUUGUCAAGUUCAAUUCAACGGCAACGGACUUCAAACACCUGGAGCUGCUUAAGGGCGAUCUUCGCCUGCGCCCAAACAGUGUCGUCGGUGACAAGGAUGAUGGACGCUUCGAGCAGUUCUUGGCACAGGUCAUUGGCUAUUCGCCUUUCAAGAUAACGGAUGAUUUUUUUUCAUUUGCUAGCUUCACGCUCGGAGACGCGAACAUCGACAAAAUGCAAUUUGGCGUUGAUCAUCUAAUGAAGCUGCACGACUCACAAACGAUCAAACGCGGGAAACCGGAUAGCACCUCCAGCCUGGCGGGCAAUAAGAAGGUGAACGAAACGACGCAAACCGGUGCCGGUGGCAACGACUCGAAUAACUCGAAGAAAUGCAAGGAAAAGAUGCGCAAAUGUUGUGCGGACUAUGCGGAUAUCGGUGAGCCCUGCAAGGAGAAUCACUCGAAGAAACGUGUCAAGAAGGAGUGCAAUCAUGCGCGCUUUAACGAGACGCGGGAUCGCCUGCGCAAGAAACUCACACAGAUUGUCAACGAUCGGAAGAGCAAGACUGGCCAGACGGAGGUGGUCGCUAGGCCACAGGUGCCAAAGCCGCAGCCACAGCCACAGUCCGAGCCGGUGCAGACGCAGACACAGCAGCCGCCGACGCUGAAAGUUGUCGCCUCGGCGCAGGUUCAGGCGGCUACACGUAAAAUGCCCGCUGCUGCAGCAGCUGCGGCAGCGGCAGCCGCAGCGGCGGCUCUUAGCGAGAUCGGUGAGAACAUUGAGGAUGGCGACAACAGUCUGUUGUGCUUGGACAGCCUCUGCAAGAGCAUACAGAUGCACACGGACGCUGGGGGUGGCUCCACAGGCGGCAGUGGCAGCGGUGGCAGUGGCUGCAGCAGCGCUGGCAGCCUGCCAGCCGAUCUGAACAGCUACAGCAAGGAGGAGAUGAUGCAGGAUUUUGCCGAGCUGCUCGGCAGCUAUACGCGCGAGCAGGAUCAAAAGCGCUGGAUCAAUGAGACGUUGAAUUUUAUUGAGGGCAAGCCGCAGCAGCCGCAAACGGCCAAUCCGAAGAAGGCGGCCAAAAAGGCCAAGCAGAAGCAGCGCAAGGAGGAGGAAAAGCGCAUCAAGGAACUGGAGGAUCUGCGCAACCAGUUUCUCGAUAUCUACUUCAAGGAGUUCAUUGACAAAUACGAGAUGAAAACCCUAACAACGGCUGCUGGCGGCCGCAAGCGCGAAAAGAAACGCAUCGGCGAAUUGGAGGCCAACAUUAAGAAUCUGCAGCGUGCCAAGGGCAAAGUGGAGACGAUCAUCUUGGAGCUGAUUGCCACCGUUAAGCAGGCGAACAACGAAUUUAAAUUCUCCUAUUUGCCCACCAAGGAGCAGCAGCUGGCCAAGAUUGCCCAACUCGAGGACAUUUUAAAUGGUGGCCCAAUAACAACAGCAGCAGCAAACGCAACACGACAAGCAUCAGCAGCCACAGCCACAGCAGCAGAUAUAUUGCCACCGCCACCACCACAACUUCAUUCCCAAUCAUCUCCGGCACUGUCCGCUGCACACUAUCCAAAUUUCAUUAGUUCUGCCGCCUACUUUCCACCCCACCUUGGAGGAGGACCACAGCAGCACACGCCAGUCUGCUAUGCGCCGCCCCAACAGCCGCAACAGCAGCAGCAGCAACUGCCUCGCGAUGUGAUCGCUGCGAUGGCGGCCAAUGCCAUAACCGCUGAUCCGGCGAAGCGCAUCGUGACCAUACGACGUGUACAGCUGCCACACGCUGGCGGCGAGCAGCAGGUGACGGUUGUGGCCAAGGGCAGCUCGCCGGAUGAGGACAAGUUGCUCUACACAUUUGUCAACGGUCACAUGGUGGCCUCGGCCCAAUCGACAGCCAGGAACACUGUGGCGCCAGUGGUGCAACCACCGCAGCCAGAUAAAACUAACAAGGUACGCAGAAAGGAGGCUAAGCGAGCAGCGGCGGCAGCAGCGGCAGCAGCAGCAGCAGAAGCAGCAGCUGCGGUGGCAGCAGCAGCAGCAGCUGCAGCAGCAGCUGCAGCUGAACUGGAAGCGAAAGCCAACAGCGGCGUUAAGGCCAAGAAGCAGAAUAAGAAGGCAGCAUCGCGAGUUGCUGCUGCUCCGACUCCUACCAGCUCCAGUUCGAGCAUCAGCUCCAAGUCGCAGACGCCGCAGAGCAGUGCCGUCAAUACGCGCGAGAAUUCCGUGUGCAGCAUCAAGCCCAAGGUGGCGGCGUCUGUCCACAAAAAGGCCCACAAGCAGCAGCAGCAGGUGGCAAACAAAAAUGUUGUCGUCGCAGCUCAGCUGCCCAAAGUGGAACCGCAACCUGAUCCCGAGCCCGUUAAAAGACACAAACGAUUAAGGCCACGUAUCGAUCAGGGGCAGCUGGAUAACAAUCCGUUCAAGUCGCUGCAUGUGGUGGACUCCUCGGAUGGUGAGUGGGAAACGGGCAGCGAGUCGGAACAGUGGAUGGAGCCACAAGUGGUGUCGGUGAAGGCAACAGCCAAACACCCGACAGCUGCAGCUAAGCCAGCGGCAGUAAUGCCCAUUGCCAAGCAAAAGUCAGUUGCACCUGCUCCUGCUCCGGCCACGUCGCUCAAGAAGUCCAAAAAUGAGCCCACCGCAAGAUCACAACAACAACAACAGCAGCAGCAAACUCAGCCACCAAACAAAUCCUCGUCAACGUCGGUGGCUAAUCAGCGCAAGCAGCAGCAGCAGCAAGCGGUGCAGGUCAAGCAACUGGCGCAACGGGCGCCGGAAUCCGUGCGCAAGUCCAAGUCCGCUCAUGGACAGCAGGUGCCGGCGCCUGCGCUGGCACCGAGCGGUCAAGUGUCUAAUGGACUGCGCGGAACGCAAUCGCAGCAAACGCGCGGCGGACGCGGCAGUGGACGCUCCAAGCCCACAAGUGCUGGCGGACAACAGCAGUCGCAGUCGCAGUCACAGCACGGGCACAGCAAUAGCACCUGCUCCUCCUCGAAUGCGGCGACGGAGAGUGGCGGGAGCAUGCAGACAUCGAAACGAUCGCAGCGCGGCAAGCGUGGCCAUCGUGGUCAGAAGCAGGAGGAUCUCUCGGGCAUACCGCAUAACAUGGGCUAUUUCAAUCCCAACGAAGUUGCCAUACCACCGCCGUUGCCGCCGCAUGCCGGCAGCUAUGCCAGCACCCUGGCCCAACAGAUGCAACAACUGCGCAUUGCUGGCCCCACCAGCAGCAGCAGUUCAUCGGGCAAGCAACAGCAACUGCAGCUGCAACAGCAACAUCAUCAGCAGCAAUCGCCCAAUUGUAGCAUCAUGGAUCAGCUAAAUCGGGGUGUGCAAGUGGAGCAUCUAUCACUGCCGCCGGGCAUUACGCUGACCAAGGUGGAUCCGGCCAAAAGCGAACUGCUGCGCCAGAAGAGCGAAUCCAUACGCAAGCUGUCCAAGCCAAUAACCGAGCAACAGCAACAGCAUGCAUUGCAGCAGCAACAGCAGACGGCACAUCUCAUGGGCAACUACUAUGCGGGUAAUGUGGGCAGCCUAGACAACGCCGGCAGUGGCGUCAUCAUGGUCGAGGCCAAUCCCCGCAGCAACAAUCGCAUCUGCCAGCCGCUAGCCAUUAUUAAUAACAAUAAUAAUAAUAAUAAUGUGGCUGCUGCAGCUGCCGCAGCCACGGCCAGUGGCAAGUCAUCGCGUCGCCGUCGCCGCAAUCGUGGCAAGUCGGGCGGUAGUGGCACCACCAAUCUCUGCAGCAAACAACGUGCUGGUGGCCCGGACAAUCAGCAGACGCAACAGCAUCCAACGGCGCCCAUUAUGGAGGCUAGUGCUGGUGGCAACAUCAUCACGUUGCGCAACCCCAUGUUCCAUCAGGGCGUCAGCAACGGGCCCGUCCCUGGCGCCACAAUGUUGCCCAAUCCGAAUCCCAUUCCGCAAGCUCGGGCGUAUGGCGCGGCUCUUCCAAUUGCCGCACCGUUGCCGAUGGACCAACCAGCCGCGAUUAUUAAGAAUGAGAACGGCAUGUUCACCAUACGCAAUCCGGCGCUGCAUCAGGCUGUCACCAAUGGCCUGGCCAUGGGCGGCUAUCGUCAGUUUGGCAGCAAUGUCAACUAUUAUACGCCGCAGGAGGCGGUCGCCGAGGCGGCGCGUGCCACACAACAGAAGCAGUCAUCGCCGCCGCCUCCGCCGCCAUUGGUUGUCACGCCCAGCAGCAGCAGUAGCGGGAUCAACAACAGCAGCGCUGCUGCAUCCGCCAAUUUCUCAUAUUUCUCCAGUGAUUCAGUGGCCAGUGGCGGCAGCAGCAGCAAUAGCAAUAGCAGCGGCGGUGGCGCUGGCGGAGUUGUCGACACGCACAAUAAUAUCAGUAUUAGCUGCACAAACGUUCCAAUCAGCAGUCCGGGGCGGCUGGUAGGUGAUGCGGCCGUCAUUGCGCGGCCGAAGCAGCCCCAGAAAUGUUUGUCCGCCAUUGGCAGCGAGCUGAAGCAGAAGACCAAAGACAGCCACUCUGUGUCUGCGUCGUCGAGCCAAUGGUCGAGCUUUGGCCAGCCAUCUUCGUCAUCGGAAUUUGGUGGCGGUCCAGCGGGCGGCUCCACGCUCCAGGAGAAAUACCAACAGUCGAGCUACUACAACGGCUUCGAGGUGUUCCCCUCGUCCGUUUCGCAAGCGGCUGGUGGACCCGGCGGUCCCGGUGAUUGUCACAUGCAUCAUAAUUGUGGGGACGAUUCGCCGCCACCAACAAUCACCGGUUUCAAUUCCUACCUGGAAGGAAUACCCAACACUGGCGUCAUACGCUAUGAUGACGCCGCAUUCCUCAAAAACUUGAUACCGGGUCAGCAUCUCAACAACGAGGUCUCCAUUCACAACAUAUCGGAGUCCAAUUUCACGCGCAACAACACAUCGCCCUCGACGCAUCAUGUGGAGAUAACAACUGUGUUUGGCAAUCGUGGCACAUGCCCCACAAAUGCCUACGAGCAGCAGCAGCAGCAGCAGCCGUCGCAAGCCGGCUCGUCGUGCAACAGCUACUGCGAUAAUGUCGCCGCCGAUUAUGGCAGUGAUUCCACCCACCUGUUUGUGCAAGGCAGCAUGCUGCCGCGGAUACCACAGCCGACGGCAGCGGCUUCAGAUCCCUUUGGCUAUGACUUUGAGUCGGCGGCUGGCUCAAAGCCGGCCAGCGUUGCCAGUGAUCUGAAUGAGUACUUGCGCCGCAGCCCGCACAGCCAGCGCACCUCCCCCUACAGUCCGGAGGAGAAUGUGGCGCUCGAGGCAUACAUGAGUGCCCUGCAGAUCGCCGCAGCAAGUGAUGCCGAGCAGUGUUCGCGCUUGAAUGGAACAGCCUCUGCUGCUGGCGAUGCGGCCGUUGCAGAUGCGACUCCAGUUGGUGCUAAUUGGUGGUAAAGAGUUCGAGACCAUGACAAUUGUUGCUCUCCCUUCUCAACAAUACACACACAACACACACACGCAUAUAUAUACACACACCCUUCAAAUACAUCCGAGCGCCAGUGACGGCCAGAAAAACGCAAACAUUUCAUUGAUAAGGCGAAAAUAAAUGAAAACAAUACAAAACAAAACAAAAAUACCAGAUGAAAUCAUUCAAAAUGACUUAGACGUCAAUUUCGAUGUUUCGCAAGAAAAACAAAAACAAAAUAAAAGCAAAUUAAAUUAAAUGGAA